GGAGGAUGGAGAAGAGGACGCAGCCAUGACUUGUGAGACGUCGUCUGAGUCAGCUGCUACUCACUGGGCGAUCAGAAAUAUGGUGUCCUCGCAAAAGUGGAAAGAGGCCAGGCCUUGUCUUAUAGACAAUAUGUUAGCUACUCUGGAUCCACAGUCACACCGUGUGUGUCAGUGUGGCAAACAAGUAGUUGUGAGGUGUCUGGACUGCCUGCCUCUUCCAUUCCUUUGUGCUGACUGUGAUAUUGCAGUUCACACACGCUUUGUCCUGCACAACAGAGAGGCAGUAACAGGAGGGUUUUUGCAGCCUUCAUCAGAGUUUCACAAGCCAAUUGUUCGGCUGUUGCCUGUCCAAAGGCCAGACCAUGUGUGUGACUGCCCAGCAGGUAACGUUGAGGUUUCACCCGGCUCAAUUGUGGCUCUUGUAACCAUAAAUGGCCGUUAUAACCUUGCACUGCCAGUGGUGAGAUGCACCAGCUGUGGCCUAAUGUGGUCCCCCUCAGUUAAGGACAUCCUGGGUAGUGGAUAUUGGCCUGGCACCUUAAAUUUCUGCACCCUGUUUUCAAUGGAUGUCUUUCAGUCUUUCUAUGACAUUAAGAAGGCUGCACCAGGGAUGUCACUUAAGGCAUUUGUCAAAAUGCUGGAUGAACGAACAGCCCAUUUUGGAAGGACUGGCCGAAUAUCAGCUGAUGCCUUCAGUAGAAGUUUCUUGGAGUGGAGUGCUGUAAAGUUUGAGGUGGACAGGAUGUGCAAGGAGCCAUGCUUUAGCUGCCCUGCCUGCACUCCAGACAUGCUUGCCGUCUCAGUUGAUGGAAACCGUAAGCUUUAUCGCUUUCAAUCUAAUGCAAGCACUUCAGAGCAGGGGAACUUUGAAGGUGUCUUCAUUGAAAAAGAUGAGGACGUUGCUGAGUUUGUGAAAUACAUCCAGAGACAUACAAAUCAUGUCCCGGGGAAAGGGUUGUGCGGAUCUUCAUCUUGGACUGCAGCAAAGGAGUCGUCCAAAAAGUCCACUGGGAAGUUGGAUGAAGAGGGCAUGGAAAUAGCUGUUUGUCGCCACGGAGUCCUCUUAGCUGCAUUGAACAUGUUUCGAGGGGAGAUCUUUGCUUACCCCCUUUUUCUCCAGAGGAAGUUGGCAGCUAACGUCCCAGGACAUAUUACGUUCCUUUGCUCCGAUGUGGCCUGUAAAUAUUUCCCCUAUUUAACCAAGGUGGCUCAGCAGUGCCCUGAGCUGAGGAACCUCUUGUCAAUGCGUCCUUUUCUCUCCGUCAUGCAUGCAAAGGCUCACACUUGGAAAUGCGAGAUCAAAUGGGGAGGUGCGUUUCAGGAUGGGGCCGGUUCAACAGUUGGAGAAGAGGUGGAACAAGUAAACAGUUUCCUGUCUAGGGCGGCCAUCACAACGAAGUACAUGUCUAAAGCAGAUCAUAAGGAUCCUUAGAGAACAAGUGGA